AUGGACUCGUCUCUGUUUACCGCCGCUCGCAUUAACAAGUUCUCCGGAACAAACUUCCAUGUGUGGAAGUUCAAGAUGCAAAUGGUGCUGGAGGAGCGAGACCUGUGGGACGUCGUGAGCGGCGAGGUCAAGAUCGAGCACUGUACAAGUACUUUGGACCAAGCGACGUUCAAGCGAAAGUCGCGAAAGGCGCUAGCGAUAAUCUGUCUUGCGAUGGAGGAUUCGCAGUUGCCACUGGUUCGCUCGUCGAAGGAGCCGCGCACGGUCAAGCUCAAGCAUUCAUGUCAAGAGACAACAAGCGCAAGGCUCGACCGGCUAAGAAGACCGCGUGCAAACAUCGCGCAAGAACCAAAGCUUGGCGAUUACCUGUUCUCGUUUGGUGGUGGCAAGACCAAGUCGAGUUACAUGUGGCUGGUCGAUUCAGGGGCGACGCAGCACAUGACAAGUUCGAAAGAGUUCAUGAGGAACUACAAGGACUUUGGACCAGUAGAUGUGCAUCUUGCUGAUGAUGGAGUUGUACAAAUGAUUGGAAAGGGUGACAUUGUCAUGUCAAUGAUGACUCGUCAGGGCGUCAAGAAGGGUGUGCUUACAAAUGUGUGGCAUAUCCCAAAGUUAUCUCGAAACUUAUUUUCCGUUGGAAGAUUCAUCAAGGACGUGGGGCCUGUCACCUUUGAAGUCGAUGGUUGCUUCGCGGAAACGAAAGGUUUCAAGUGGAAACUAGGCGCUCUAGAAGGAAAGGGAUUGUUCAAGCUUUGUAUGACACCGGUGCUUCCUGACGAGGUCAAUGUGGCGAGUCCAAUAAACUUCAAAGGAGACAACACUUCCUACCUCUGGCACCUUCGACUUGGCCACAUUGGUCAUGGUGGUCUAGACGCCAUCGUCAAGAAAGAUUACGGCAGUGGAAUCGGCAUGAAGUCUGUGCAGAAGUGGGAGUUUUGUAAAGGAUGCGCACUUGGCAAACAAACACGUGUGAGCUAUAUGCCCAAGUCACCCGACCGAGCACGUAUGUUGCUGGAGGUCAUUCACAGCGAUGUGUGUGGCCCCAUGAAAUCUCCUACCUUCAGUGGAAAACGAUACUUCGUGACUUUCAUUGACGAAUACUCGCACUACUGUGUAGUGUAUCUGCUUCAAAACAAGUCUGAAGUAGCGACCAAGUUCGCUCAAUUUGUUGCGUUGGCGGAAACCCAAACUGGCAAACGUGUGAAGACUCUUCGAAGCGAUAAUGGUGGUGAGUACACUUCCAGAACGAUGUCCAAGUUCUGUGCGGACCAUGGUAUCAUGCAGAAAUUCACGCCGCCUUACACUCCUCAAUUGAACGGUGUCGCGGAGCGAAUGAAUCGGACAUUAGUGGAAAGCGCUCGUUGCAUGAUGGAACAUGCUGAGUUAUCCAAGUCGUAUUGGGGUGAGGCAGUCAUGACUGCAAACUUCUUACGUCUUCGCUGUCCAAGUCGUUCAACAAGUCACGACAAGUCACCCUACGAAGUAUGGAGUGGUAAGAAACCUAUACUUGCAAACCUGAAGGUGUUCGGUUGUCAUGCAUACGUGCAUGUGCCCAAUCCAAAGCGGUCCAAGCUCGAUGCAAGAUCGAUUCAGUGUCGGUUCAUUGGAUACUUUGACCAUGAAAAAGCGUACCGUUUCCAGGAGAUCAAGAGUCGUCGUGUACUGGUCAGUCGCGACGCACAGUUCAUGGAGAAUGUUUUCGACAGUGGGAGACGCGACUAUGUGCAAGAUGGAGCCGUCGUCGAAGAAGAAGCUUUUAUGGAAGAUGAGGAUGUACCUAUGGAGGACUACUCCUCUCAUGACACCAGCAACAUGAAUUUUGAAGAGGCUACAAUGGAUGGCGUUGAUGAACCCGGCGUUAAGAGACACCAACGCACACAGUCGCUCGAGGCCUUGGCCAACGCUCCUGAUGCGAAACGUCGAGCUCAAUACCUUACCAUGGCCGAGAUGUCUGCGACUGCUGAUACCAGUCACUCUGUUGAGACUGCCUACGUCGUGGAUUCAGUGGGAGAUUUACCAAGGACAUUCAAGUCAGCAAUGGAAUCCAGCGACGCAGUCAAGUGGAAAGAGGCUUGUGACUCCGAAAUAAAUUCCCUUUGUCAAAAUGAGACCUGGAAUCUCGUGCCGCUUCCACAGGGACGCAAGGCAAUUGGUAAUCGAUGGGUAUUUCGGGUAAAGGAGACCAAGGAUGGAAGAAUCGAGCGGUUCAAAGCGCGUUUGGUAGCCAAAGGUUUCUUACAGAAACAUGGCAUUGACUAUGACGAGACCUUCGCUCCUGUGGCCAAGUUCACAUCCAUCCGAGUUUUACUCAGCUUAGCGGCGAAGUACUCGUUCAUGAUUCACCAGAUGGAUGUCAAGACAGCAUUUUAA